AUGUCACUAGGCAGUCUAACCUCCCGUAUCAUCCUCGAUAAGAACAGCUACACAAACCAGGACCCAUAUAUAACCGGCCACGUAGCCAUCCUCUACAACUACAGCUCAGCAAACACAUCCGGCACCCUCUUCGGCCCCCUCAAAAUCAUUCUCCAGCUAUGCGGCCGUUCCAAAACCAAGAUCUUCGAACGUACAAUGUACAGCCAUACCACCUACCGCGGCCGUGCAGAACUGGUAAAUCGAUUCCACCGUAUCCACGACUCCCCUGUCCAGGCCGAUGGCAAAGAAGAAUUGAUCUUCCCGUUUGCGCUCAAGAUGCCGACACAGGCUCAAGAGAUCCGGGAUCAGAGCGUCCCGUCGGUAUACGAGUCGCAUGCUUAUUUUGCGAAUGAAGGGCAUGCUCUGCCGCCGACAAUGGAGGUACAAUGUAAAGACGACGCGUCGGUAUAUUCUGGGCGUCCGCCAUUUGAGAGUUUCGUGGAGUACUGGAUUAGUGCUCGCUUGGAGAUGCCAGGGAUUGAUGUUCAGGUGCAGAAGGUGCGGGAUUUGAAGUUCGUGUACGUGGUUUCCUCAUCAGCUGAGAAGCAGGCGCAAGCUCAACGAGCUGGUCGUACUCAAUCUUGUAGAGAAUUGGCUGUUGUAAGGACGAGGAGGCUUUUACCCGAGAAUGCGCAACGGCAUGGUCUUCGACAAAAGGCCAAAGCUAUGAUGUCUGGUGAGCGGCAGACUACGCCCUCGUUCACCUGGUUAGUGAAGAUUAUGACGCCAGAGAAGAUCUGGACAGGGAGCUGGUUCGAAGUGGCUGUAGGUGCGGCACCCUAUGCUGUACAGGGCGUAGAUCAGAAACAAGACUCAGCCGUUGAUACGCCCGAUAUCAUGCUACAAUCCUUAUCCAUAUACUUGCUCUCGACGACUCGAGUCCGAGCGGAGAAGGAGAUAAUGAGCGAGCAUUCCUCGGAAGUCGAACGGAAGGAACAGCUUAUCGUACAGAAGACUUGGCGGGAAGGCGGCCUCCCGUUGGUCCUCGGUAGUGCCACGCCGGAGGAGACGACGAGUCGAGUGGUCAAGAAGGACUUGAUUCCCAGUUUUAAGACCUGGAAUAUCAGUCGGCAGUAUGUCCUAGCGAUUACUUGUCGGUUCAGUGUUGCGGGUGAACUGGCGGAUGUAGAGAAGAGAAUGGAUAUCGAAGUCGGUGCUGCACAACCAGAUCAGGGAGACGGCGCUGCGCCGGAAUAUCAGGCUGGUAUGAGUGUGGGAAGUAGCCAAGUCGAAAAGCAAGUGCAUUCGGGAUUAUUGCCGCCACCGCCGCCUUACGAAGGAUGA